CUGACAUUGACAGUUUGUGCAAACCAGUACGGACGGAUUUUGCACGUGUUUUAUUUUUAAACAAUUACUGACGUGAGUAACAUUAAUUGCGGUCAGUCGCUGCUGAAUUAUUGUAUUGAAGUCAUCAUGAAUCCAGAAAAGUUGAAGAAAUUGCAAGAACAAGUUCGUAUCGGUGGCAAAGGUACGCCCAGACGUAAGAAGAAGGUUGUACACAGUACACCAGCCACCGAUGAUAAGAAGUUGCAAUCUUCGUUGAAAAAGUUGUCGGUCAAUACGAUUCCCGGAAUCGAAGAAGUGAAUAUCAUCAAAAAUGACGGCACCGUCAUUCAUUUCAACAAUCCAAAGGCUCAAGCAUCGUUGGCCACAAACACAUUUGCGAUCACCGGAAACGGUGAAACCAAGAAUAUUUCAGAAAUGUUGCCAUCAAUUUUGACGCAACUUGGACCAGAGGGCUUGAUGCAACUCAAGAAAAUCGCAAAUGACAUCGUUUCCAGUAAGAAAUUGAACGAUGACGAUGACGUACCCGAAUUGGUGGAGAACUUUGAAGAUGUUGCCAUCAAAGAAAAGCCUGCUGCCGAAGCUGAAGCUGAAGCACUCGCCGACGGACAAGACUAAUUCUGGAUCUGCAGCGUGCCUCCAACAGAUAUGUGUGCCGUAAGCACACCAAAAAAAAACGCAUGGUUAGUUAAACAAAAAAAAAUACACAUGCAAGAAGAGCAGUAAUAACAUACAAUAAAAAUUGCGGCUGCUUUUAUCGCAGCAUUCAAAUUCCACUUCCAGUUUAUCGAAAUCGAUGAAAACGAUUCAAAAAGCAUUUGCGAAAAGAAAUAAAAAUAAAUCAGAAUUAUCAAUUCCAGAAAACAAAUCGAUAAACUCGAUGAAUUUUUAGUAAAAGAAGAAGAAGAGAAAAUUCCAAGUUAAAAAUAAUAUAAUUAUUAUAAUUCCAAUGUAUGAUAAGUUGUAAUAAAAUAAAAGGAAAACCAAAAAUGAAAAUCGUUUGGAAA